UUACCUACUGGUCUGCUGGAGACUGAAUCAACUAUCUUCUGCUUCGUGCCGGAGGCUCGGAUCAUACCUAAGUUCCUGGGAAGAUUCUAGCAUGGCAACAACUGGCCAACCUUCUUCAGAAAGGAACACCCUGCCUAUCACUAGCAAUGAAAAAAUCGACGGAGACGUUACCACCAUUGGGAGCAUCACGUUCGCCCAAAGCGGCUUCUUGGGAAAGGGUGCCUUAUCUACUGUCUUUCGAGGAAAAUGCGACAAGCGGAAAGAAGUGGCAAUAAAGCGCAUCCAUUACCGCACCGAAGAGGAGCGACUGCUGAUAGAAAAUGAAGUCGACAACCUGUUGAAAGUCGAGGACUAUGAUGUGAAGGUCAUCAGAUACUUUACAACGCAAAGGACUGCCAACUUCUACUAUAUUGCGAUGGAGUUGGCACUGGGUACAGUGGAAGACUACGUGGCGAGGAAACAGGACGUGUCCAAAUCUGGUAUGGACGAGCUUGAUAAUCUCGAGGCGAUCAGCAUUCUCCGAGAUUCAUCCAAUGCACUUGACUGGCUGCACGAGAAAAGUAUCGGGUGA